UCAGUUCUCUACUGGGGUGUCUUAAGUAAUCACAUAGUUUUUUUUAAACAUAGUAUAAAAGUUUUAACUCUAUUUUUUUAAAGAUGUUAGUGAAUCUACUGUGCGCUGUAGUCAUAUGUUUAAUCAUCGCAUUAGCAAUAACGUAUCAUGCAAAAUCAAAAGAUACACCUCCAGGUCCUUACCCGUGGCCUAUAUUUGGGAACUUGAAAUUAUUGAGAAAACUUAGUAAAGAAUUUGGUGGACAACACAUUGCGUUCUUAAAACUUGCAAAACAAUACAACAGUGAUGUUAUUAGUCUACGCUUAGGUACUUCACGUGUUAUUGUAGUUUGCGGAUUUGAGACGGUACAAAAAAUUUUACGUGAUGAAAACUUUGAUGCACGUCCUUGGAACGAAUUUGUUAAAAUAAGAAAUAUGGGCUUAAGAAAAGGUAUUACCAUGACGGAUGGUUCCGAAUGGAAAGAAAUGCGAGGAUGGUUAGUGCGCUGUCUUCGAAAUUUGGGAUUCGGCCGAGAAGAGAUGUCGAACAAAAUAAACGACGAACUCAAAAUCAUAAUCGAUAAAUUAAAGCUUAAUAACAAUGGUCCUGUUCGUAUGAAGCCUAUCAUAGCUCCAGCAGUUAUCAAUGUAAUUUGGAGUCUUGUAACCGGAGAAAGGAUAGAUGAAGAAAAUAAAUUGAAGUAUUUUCUUGACCUUAUGGAAAGACGAUCGAAAGCAUUCGAUAUGGCUGGUGGGAUUCUCUCUAUUUUUCCUUGGAUACGAUACUUUGCUCCCAAGACAUCUGGUUACGAAUUAUUAGUUACUUUGAAUAACGAACUUAAAGCAUUUUUAAUGGAAACUAUUGAAGCACAUAAAAAAAAAUAUAUCAAAGGCAGUGAAAAGGAUUUAAUUGAUAUGUUCUUGACAGAAAUGUAUCAAGAAAAAAGAUCAGAUACAGGUUUUACUGAAGAUCAAUUAUUAAUGAUAUUAAUCGAUAUUUUCAUUGCUGGAGUGCAGACAACUGCAGUUACUUUGGAUUUUCUUUUUUUAUAUAUGACUGUUCAUCAAGAUAUUCAAUCGAAACUUCAUGACGAGUUAGACUCUGUGAUUGAUACAAAACGUCUUCCGCAAUUAAACGAUAGACCAAUGUUGCCGUUUAUGGAAGCUGUAAUAGCAGAAUCUCAAAGACUCCGAUUAGUUGUUCCUAUAAUUGGACCACGUCGAGCGCUCAAAAAAACAAAUCUCAAUGGAUAUAAAAUACCGGAAAAUUCUUGUAUUCUUAUGAAUAUAUACAGUAUUCAUAUGGAUCCUGAAAUAUUUCAAAACCCUCAGUUAUUUAAGCCAGAAAGAUUUCUUGUAGAUAAUGUUUAUACUCCUAACAAGAAACUUAUAUUUUUUGGCGGUGGUCACCGACGAUGUCCCGGAGAAAUAGUCGCUAAAUCCGCAAUAUUUUUAUUAUUUGCUGGUGUAAUGAAGAAUUAUAAGUUACUUCCGGUAUCAAGUAGUAAUUUGCCAGAGAUGGACCCACAGCCUGGAUUGACAAUUUCACCAAAACCAUACGAAGUUUUACUAACCAAACGAUAAAGUUUAAUUUUUUAGGAUAUUCUUACGUUGCACGUGAGUCGAAUGAGGAUUAGUAAUUUAGUUUCUACUUUCAAUCAUACAUUGUUAUUUCAUAGAUAAAUAUCUAUCAAAAUGUUUCAUACGUGUCCAAAUAAAAAAAAUAAAUUUUACUAUUAGAAAUAAAGA